UAUUAUAGUCAGCAUCAUAAUUAGUUCUGGUUUCCCGACGGAAGGCAGCGACCUAAUUUGGGAUUCUGGGAGAAUUAUCCACACCAUUCCCACUCAGCAUCAUCAAGGUAACUGAUACAGACAGCGCAACAAGAAACAGGAGAGCAGCCAUGUCAUUGUAUCCGUCUUUAGAAGACCUGAAGGUGGAUAAAUUUAUUCAGGCGCAGAACACCCCCAUUGCCAGUCCAUCCAAAGCCCCGCCCCUGGCACUCCCUGACCCCGCCCAGUACCAAACUAGCCCCGCCCAUACCGGGUCAAACGUGGAGGAAAUUGGAACAGAUGCCUCUGGAAGUUUGUAUCCUCAGCUCAGUGAGUUCAUGGGUCUGAAUCUUAGUAUUGAGGCAGUAAAAGCCUUUUCUACUCCAGUCCCUGAGCAAAGUAGUGGAGCUCUCAGUGUUCAUUCAUCUGACACAAACUGGACAGUUGCUCCCAUAACUGGCAACGAUAUGGGAGUGAAGAGGGCUGAGAUUCGGCAGGGCGUUAGAGAAGUGGUGCUCUGUAAAGACAUGGAUGGCAAGAUCGGCCUCCGCCUCAAAGCCAUAGACAAUGGGUUGUUUGUACAGUUAGUACAAGUGAACACUGCGGCAGCAUUAGGAGGGCUUCGCUUUGGUGAUCAGAUUCUGCAGAUCAACGGAGAAUCCUGUGCUGGCUGGAGUAGUGACCGUGCGCACAAGGUUCUGAAGAAUGCCAGUCCUGAGAGAAUAACACUAGCUGUACGAGACAGGCCACUGGAGCGUGCGGUCACUCUACAUAAGGACAUGAGUGGGCAGCUUGGUUUUAUCUUUAAGAAAGGCAAAAUCACUUCCAUAGUGAAGGACAGCUCUGCCGCUCGUAAUGGACUGCUCACUGACCACCAGAUCUGUGAAAUCAAUGGACAGAAUGUGAUUGGACUGAAGGACUCUCAAGUGUCAGACAUUCUCAACACUAGUGGGAAUGUUGUGACUGUAACUGUGAUGCCUGUGAUCAUCUUUGAACACAUGAUGAAAAGGAUGUGCAACAGCAUUGUGAAAUCACUAAUGGACCACUCCAUUCCUGAGGUGUGACAUGGACUGAACCACACCUGACUCAGAAUGGGCUUGCUUUUGUGUGCACUACAGCUUAGUUGAACUGGCGUACACAUGCACAGUGCUUGUACUU